AUGCCAGUACAAACCAGUCCACCGUCCUUCCCGGACUCAUUCCCUUCUUUCAUGUCGGUCUUUGGUGGUCCAUUGCCGCGAUACAAAGAAGAAGAACCCAUUCAUCUCCAAUAUCCAACCCAUGUCCCUGUCAACACACGACUCCUCCCGUCUCCACAUCGCGAGAGUGUCUCAUCCAUGACCUCGGCUUCGACAGAGUCCUCUCCAACUACUACCAUCUCGCCCUUUGAUUCGCCCGGUGGGGGUGACAUCUCCCCGAGCUCCUCCCCGGAGUCACCCUCGGCCAUGUCGGUCUCAUAUCCAAAGUUCAUGCCGAACCGUCCGGAGCUCCCCAGUCCACCCGCCCCCGACUUGCGCUUGCCUCAGAACCCAAGUCCAGACGCCUCCAAUCGACGGGCGCGUAAUCUGAAGAACCUGUCCCUUCGAAUGCCACCACCCUCCCAAUCUCGACCUCCCAUAGCUACCGCAUCAUUGCUGGAAACAAGUUCAAAACACCACUUUGAUGCCCCAGCGUCGCCAAUUGCAAUCCCUCCCAAGACUGGGAGGCGGCGCCCCGCCAACCUCACCAUCCAAACCCCCACCUUCAACAAAUCGUUUGCCAACGAUGGCGUACCACCAACUCCCUCUCUGCGACAUGCAGAAUCAUCCCCUUCGCUUGCUUCGAUCACCUCGCCUUCCUUUGCGCCAAAGGGAGGUAUGCAGCUCCCACGGCCAAUGUCACACCACGGCCUCCACCGCCUGUCGGACAUCUCCCAGGACUCCACUCUGAACAAAUCUGAUGACGCACCUGGCUUUUCUUGUCGCGUGCUUGACGGUCUAGCUGAAGAGGACGACCGUUUGGACUCCCGCGAAUCGACCAAGAAGAAGGACCGUGGAUACCCCGAUGGCCCCAUUCGAAUCCACGACGCUGGAGUUUAUCUCUACCUGGAACCUACCGCCGAGGAGGCGGCCAAGUUUGACGUAGUAAUCAAUGUCGCCAAGGAAGUCAUGAACCCUUUCAGUGCUACCAAGGAGGAGAAAAACGAUACGGUGAUGAGCACCUGGCGGAACGCCUCGAUGGCAUCAAAACGCUUUUCCCGCGGCGAACCCCAGACUGCCAUUUCAGAAAUGUCUUUCAAAUCGGCGUGGGAGUUCCAGCCCUCGGAUUCUGAAACGGGCACCCCCACGGUUUCGAGCCCCACGGCCCCAACGCCAGAGUACCUUCACGUGGGAUGGGACCAUAAUUCCGAAAUUUUGGAAGACCUGCUUCCACUAUGUGAGCUCAUUGAUGAUCGCAUUGCCGACGGAAAGAAGGUGCUUGUGCAUUGUCAGCUUGGUGCCAGCCGCUCGGCAUCCCUGGUCAUCGCCUAUGGACUCUACAAGAACCGACAUCUCGAUUUCAACUCAAUGUACGAAGCAGUCAAAGGUCGUAGCCAGUGGGUCGGCCCGAACAUGAGCCUCAUCUACCAGCUCACGGACUUCCGCUCAAAACUUCUACGCGGAUCCACCUCCAAACCCCCUCCCCAAGAAUGGUUUGUGCAAACCGGCCGUCGAUGCUCAGAGCCCCAAGUGCCCAGAUCCGAGCGCCCCCCAACUCGCGAAUCAAGCAAACGCGGCCUCAACCAAGCACCAUCUAUGAGCUGUCUCUCGAUCCCCGAGCGAACUUCCAUGCGCCCGACUACUAGCGACAGCAGCUACAUCAAAUUCAAAUCUUACUCGCCCAAGCGUAGUCUGUCACCGCGCCCCCUGCCCUUCCGACAAAAAUUCCAAUCCGUUGAACCAGCUCCAGGCCGUCAACGAGGCCUUCCUCGCAGCGUCAGCAGCUGCGACCCCCUCGUCCAAACCCACAUCUUUGCCCGCGACGCCCCUAACGCGGAUGGUCUCUUCUCACCCCGGACCAACGAAUUCUGCUUCCCGACACCCCUGGCACCACCAACCUUCCACCGAAUUGACCGCUCAGCGGCGCUCUCCCCGCCUCCCAUCCCGCAAUUUGCGGCCGAACCGGUGGACCCUCGCUCGCCGCCAUCUGGUGGAGAGCCCCUGAUCAUGAGAUCCAUCGACGAAUUCCUGUGA